GCUACAGAGAUGCCUCAACAAUCCCAGUCAGUCUGCAGCUUACCCUGUGUCAGAGCAGAAGCACAUCAGCAAGGAAGAUAAGAUCCAUACAGUUCAAAAUGGCUCUUGAUGGCAGCUGGAUAGAAUACAAAAAUGAGAAAUUUGAUGAAUUCUUAGCUGCGAUGGGGGUGAAUGCUGCCAAAAGGAAGUUAGCACAAAACAUGAAACUCCAGCUGACUAUGAAACAGGAUGGGAAGAAGUUCACCAUGACAGAGAAGAGCCUCCUUCGCACCAAGGAGACAAGCUGGACCAUGGACGAGGAGUUUACAGGGGAUCUAGCGGACGGCUCUGUCAUGAAGGGAACCUACACCUUAGAGACUCCAACUUGUUUUGUUGGCAAGUUCACAAGGAUGUCUGAUGGGAAGGAGAUUGUUAACCGCAGGAAAGUGGACGGUGAUGAGAUGAUACAGACAACUAAAGUCGAUGAUGUUGAAAUGAAAAGAUAUUUCAAAAGACAAGAGGCGUGAUUCUAAUAAGGAGCCUGGGGAAACAAAACACAGAGGAACAGGUGGAACUGCAUACCAAGUUUUUUAAUUUUAAAAGUUUUUUGGAAUCAAGUAUUUAUCACCAAAAUAAAGACAUGUUUAUUGACUUCA